AGAAACCGUUACGUGCAAGCAGCAAGCGACGACUUAAGCCAAUCGUCUUCUUCAACGGAACCUCAGGAGGAUGACGCUGAAUCAAAGAGUGUUAGGGCUGUUGAUCGCGAAAUAGAAGAAUUACUGAAAAGUGCAAACGGACAAUCUAAAGAAUUGGCUGUAGAAGAGGAGGAUGAUAUCCAAGAAACGUCUACAGAAGAAAGCCUCGUGAAAUACGACGAAUUAAGGUAGAUAUCUGUCAGUGAGACACCUCGCAAAGGAGUAGUAAGAAAGACAAGGAACCAUGCUAAAAUGCACACAAAACCCUCAUUGUUUACAGAAAAAAGCACUAAAAUGAGAUAAAAGUUCCCUCGAGUUAGUCUCUUACUCCUUGAAGAUUCUACCUAAGCUCUUUCUUCAAUCUUUUGUUCAUAGUAUCCUUUUAUUAAAUUCUUAUCUUUGGAAAAGCUCAGUGCUAUUUAUCGAGGUCAAAGACAGUGAUUAUGAGGUGUUGCUGUUUGUCUAAUUAUGAAUUCACUUGCGAUGUAGAUCAUGUCCUACCUUCAGUAUGUCAGAGAUUAUUCAACGUUAAUUGAGUUCCGGUUUAUUUUUUGCGAUAAGGUGACAGAUGAUUUAACAAUAGGAUCAUAUUAUAUAUAUAUUGUGGGAGGAAAAAGACAAUUUGAUUUGAUUUGUCUUUUUCCUCCCACAAUAUAUACAUCGCUCUACUCCUAUGUAUUGAGCACUGUCUUACGUAAGUCAAAAUUACUUUAUAUAUAUAUAUAAUGAGAGAGACCAGAGCAUGAGACCUGAACAGUGUGAGGAAGAUCAAGUUGAUUUUAAAAAAUAAAACGUGUAGUUUCGGAACAUAGCAGACUUGUUAGUCUCAUUUCCGACAAGUAUCAGUUUGUUGAGGUAGUGAAGUCCAUUGUAAAAUUCCGUCGUUCUCCCAACAGCUGCACGCCUCACAAAAGUAUUGCCUUCCUCAAAACCCAUAAAACCGGAAGCAGCACUCUCACAAAUAUCCUAAAUCGUUAUGCAGACCUCAGAGAACUAAGCAUAGCACUUCCAAGGGAACAUCUGUACCGCUUUGGUUGGCCAGGUUACUUCAAUUGGAGGAAUGUGGACAUGUUUCGAUUGAACGGACAACCAGCUCAUAUCCUAUGUAACCACGCUCGAUACAAUAGACCUGCAAUGGAUAUUGUAAUGCGCAGCGACACUAAGUAUAUUACGAUUUUGCGUGACCCGGUUAAUCAGUUUGAGUCUACAUUCAACUACAUGGAACUGUAUCGUGAUUUUAAUUUGCCGAAGUUUCCAAAUCCAAUGGAAGUUUUUCUGAAAAAUCCUUAUGGACACCUUCAAAACUUAACAAAAAGGGUGAAAUCCCUUCCUGAAUCAAUCAAUUUGGUGAGAAAUGGAAUGUUCUUUGAUUUAGGUUUCUCGUCAUUGAUGGGCAGCAGGAAAGACAGUGAACUUCGCAACGCUAUCGCAAAUAUUGAGAAGGAAUUUUCACUGGUUCUUAUCAUGGAAUAUUUCGACGAGAGUCUAGUUCUUCUUAAGCGUGAAUUCUGCUGGGAUUUAGACGAUGUUAUUUACAUCAAACAGAAUCAACGAAAGUACGGUAAUAAUACGUCGCAUAACUUUAUUUCUGCGCAACUCAGGCGCAGGAUAAGGAACUGGAACCGAGCCGAUGUGUUACUUUACGAACACUUCAACAAGACUUUCUGGGAGAAAAUCAAACGGCACGGGAGGGGAUUUUACGAAGACCUUACAGAACUGAAGCGCAAAAAUUUGGAGAUGUAUCGUGACUGUGUUUCCCCUGAGGAAGUGACAGAAACCGCGUUUCGACUGAGUGGAAAAAUACGAGGUUUUAAGCUAAACAAUGGCGUUUCACGUUUCAACAGAUACCUAUGUGAAAAGCUGCUUACAAACGAAAUAGACUACAUUAAUUAUUUCCGCCGGAAGCUGAAUCCUCACUCAGAGUAUCAGAAGCAACUAAGAGCUGCAGGAAAAGCACCUCAUACAUCGGCUGAAAACACCAUAAGUCAAAGAAUUCGUGCGUUUCAAAGCGAACAGUUGCAAAUUAAAGCGGGAAAUCCUGUUCCAAAGGCGAGGCCGUAG